AGCGGUUUUACUGAAGUUCCUACAUUUUAAAAAUACUCCUUUUAUAACAGAAAUCGUUGUUGUGAAGAGUUUACGAAGUAUUUGUCAGUUCAGGUCUGUCUAUGUAUGUGGGAAAUAUUUGUCUGAGCAGUGUUAUGUUGGCUAACAUGGUUCACGGCUGUCUGCCUGUCAGUUCAGUCCGCCAGUUCGCUACCCGUCAGUUGAUUCAAAUUUUAGUUGGUUUGUGUUUAGUGUAGUGAAUUCCCAAACUCGCCGGUUCAAUCGUUACAUUUUUUAUUUAUUCAAUCAGUGUGUUGUUUUGGUGCUCAAUAAAGUGUGUGCUAGGAGAUUUAAUUACUCAAUUUCAAUGGUUCUUGAAUACCUGUGUAAAAGUGUGCUUUUAAAUCUUCGACGCCGGUGUUUUUAGGUUAGGCCUUAGUUUGGAUUCUAUAAACUCGAUUCAUCCUGUUGAAAAUAUAUUCAAUUUUAGCCUAAUUAUGGCAAAUAACGUAGAAAAAGAACCAGCUUCGAAAUUUGAACUCUCUCGAGAGGUUUCUAGCCAUUAUUUCAAAAGCUCUUUUGCAAGAUCUAUGUUUAGUAACUCUAACCAAAGCAAGUCCUUAGACUUUGUUUAUUUUGACAACAGUACUAUCGACGAAGAAAAUGAAAACGAGAGUAAAACACCAACAAACGAUUUUAACAUUUCUGGAAAUAAGGCAAACGGUGUUUUCACUAGCCCGCUGAAACGUGGAUAUUCAACUAAACUCUACGAUACAAAAUACGAGCCGGAGUUUCUCAAAUCCAACUCUGGAAGGAAUCAAAACAACAACGCGAUUACUUUUUGGAAAAGAAAACAGCAGGAGGUUUCGUUCAACAAACCUGGCGAGUUGGAAUUUUCGCAGUCAGACGAAAACACAUCUCCGAGAAAGGAUUGUCAGAGGCUGGUGGAAGACAAUCACAGACUUCUGCAGGAGAUGGACAACUCUCAUCUGCAGACUCAAGUGGAUACUCUGCAGUGGCAACUGAAACAGGCUGAAUCAAGCAGGCAAAUGUACAGAGCUGUUUUAGAGCAAGUGUCAAAAUUUCUGGAGAGGGUUCAUAGAAACCUGGAUCAGGCAAAUGUGAAGACUUCCCCUUCAAAAUGCAAAGCACGGUCUCGUAGUGUCCACACGGUCGCCUCAUGUCCCAGCCACAGUCGUCCUGUCUCACCGUCGCCCUCCAGUCCAGGACAGGGUGUGCAGAGGGCAAACAGCAUCUCCCAGAUGCAGGACUCACACACCUACUCAAUCUACAGAGACAUAUCUUGGAGGAGUCCUAGAAGUGUGGUAGAAGAAGUAUCUCCAGAUAAACUAUCCCAGGAAGCGUUCCGGCUUCUCCGGACAGUGCAGAGUCUCUUGGGUACCCGGGAACCCGACCUGACCACCCGGCUGACACCUACACCCACACCCGCACCUACACCUGAUCCCUCACGGGACAGCACUUGGUGCGUCGGAAGCUGCAGUUCGCUGUCUUGCAGCAGCCAACGGAAGUCUCUUGACGCAUCGUCGUGUUCGUCUCGCGCAGAGGGAGAGGAGGGAGGAGACGUUUGUACGCCGCAGCUAAGCGUUGGCUCAACAGAAGACGAGAGUGGCUUUUCCUCCAUGAGCAGCUUCCAUGAAGUUGGACUCCCAGAAGUCAGGACUUAUCCCGACGUCGGUCUUCCGAUAAUUGAACCGUCCCACAGAAGAUGGAGUUCGACUCCUGUUGAAACUCAAUCUUUUCAAACAAACUCAUCUAUAAGAGUGUUAUGGGUGUGAAAUGAGAUGUCCCAAGGAACUCUGAAAGAUCUUCCAUGAAGAACCUGGAUUGAAUUGCCUCAAGAAAGAACUUUAAAGGUUCAGUCAGAACUUUAAGUAAAAGUUUUUGUGAGUUUCCAGUAUGUUUUGAAAGCUGGUGCUGCUGUGCGUUAUUAACAAAAGCGACAGUGCCAUAACUUGCUUUCAAGGAAGCAUUAAAUCAAUUGGGCUGGGAUAGCUUUAGAUAGGGUAAAAUAUUUUGUUUUGGAAAGUUUUCUGUUCUAAGAAAAACAUAGAUUGACUAGCAAAUUUUUAUUGGUUUCUAAAAUAAUGUGACAUUAUUAUGACACACAGUAAUACUUGACUUUAUGCAGGGAAACAUGAGUUUUUUAAAUUGUCAAUGAUUCAGCAUUGCAACCUCAAAAAUGCUUUUAAAACUUAAAUGAACUCAUGAUCUCAUUAAUUUUAUCCCAGCUCAUAUUAUUUUUUUUUAUAAUUAUUGAUUAGUUAACAAUUGUGUUUUCAUUUAGUAUUUUACUUGUAGCGUAACAAAUUAAAUUAUUACACAAAUUAGUGUGAUAUUUGUUUACAGUUUUUCAAGUUGUACAAAAUAUUAAAACUACUUUUAGAUGUAAAAAAAAUUAUAAGUGCUAUUAUAAAGUAGUUUUGAUCAGUC